UUCUCAACGUUGACAACGAAGAAAGAAGCGCGUGGCUUUUGCUGGAGUUUGACUACACUAUUUUUGUCGUUUUUAACAGCACCAGGUUGUCUCAAAUCUUCCAUCAUGGCGACUAUGCCCUUAAACCCCAAGCCCUUCCUUAAUGGGCUCACUGGCAAGCCAGUUAUCGUGAAACUAAAAUGGGGGAUGGAAUACAAGGGUUACCUUGUGUCUGUGGAUGGAUACAUGAAUGUUCAGCUUGCUAAUACAGAAGAGUUUAUAGAUGGUGCAUUGACAGGCAAUUUAGGGGAAGUUCUAAUUAGGUGUAACAAUGUUCUUUAUGUUCGUGGCGUAGAUGAAGAGGAAGAGGAUGGAGAGAUGAGAGAGUAGCCUCUUAGAACUAUUUGCAGUCAGCUUUUUUUGUAUUAUAUUUAUUACUAUGUAAAUUUAGGACUUUCCUAUAAAUUUUAUCCACUGAAAAGCCUCUCACGUGCGAGAGAUGUUACAAGGUUAACUUGUAAACUGGCGUUUUCUCAUAGAAAUUGGAGAUCAAACUUCAUUCUGAUGGUUGUCAUUUGUACGUUCUGCAGUUUUGAGCUUUUGAGUAGAAUAAAAAAAUAUAUAUUGUUGGUAA